ACAGUCUGGCUGGAUACCCUCCUAAACCUAUGCGUAAAACCUCGUUUAGAAAGACAUUUGGAUACCCAAAGGGGGCGUUUAAAGUGGAAACCCUCGCAUCUGAAGAAAACUCGAUCAUCUUUCGGCGCAAGACUGUGACUACCUAUAUCUUUGGCUGACUUUUUUUUUUUUUUACGCGAGUGCAUCAGAAUUUUUCAUUUUUCUUAUCAAACCAGCCUCGGAUGCAAAAGAAAUCUCCAGAUCCCCCAGGUCAAAAGAGUUCUUUGUCUCUUACCUUCUAUAGCUAUGCCUGCAUUGACUAGUUGGAGAUAAAGCUCCCGCAAAAAAGAGCCUUGUUGUGAGGGAGAAAGGGAGGGUGUGCGCGCUCUCGUACCUCAGCCUGACCAGAAAAAGGAAGAAAUCUGGGAGAGGGGGGGAAGAGCAAUUUCGUCUCCAAGGAUGACUUUAGGGACGGAUAUGUCCGACAGCUCUGCCUUGUCCGAAGAUGUAGACAUUGAUGUGGUCGGUGGGGACAUAUCCGUCGGAAAAGACGGGAAAUACAUUCACCACGAGUUCAACUUGGACAAUGACUCGGACGAUAAUUACUCCCAGAGCGCGGCGGAGAGGGGUUCCUCUCCGGGGCUCAGCAGCUCCGACUGCCCGUCAGAGCCUCUGGGCUCCGGCGCGGAGUCCGGGACCGUGAUCGGGGACAAACCCAGAAAAAGUGCACUUGUGAAGCCCCCUUACUCUUACAUCGCUCUGAUCACCAUGGCCAUCCUGCAGAGCCCCAAGAAACGCCUCACCCUCAGUGAGAUCUGCGAGUUUAUCAGCAACAGAUUCCCCUACUACCGGGAGAAAUUCCCCGCGUGGCAGAACUCCAUUCGCCACAACCUCUCCCUAAACGACUGCUUCGUGAAGAUCCCACGGGAGCCCGGUAACCCGGGGAAGGGCAACUACUGGACCCUGGAUCCGGACUCCGCCGACAUGUUCGACAACGGCAGCUUCUUGCGCCGGAGGAAGCGCUUCAAGAGGCACCAGAGUAACGAAAUCCUCAGGGAAUCCGGCGGCUUUCUGCCCGGGUUCGGAUACGGGCCGUACGGAUACAACUACGGACUCCAGCUGCAGAACUUCCACGCAGCCCACAACCCUUUCCACCCGCACCACACGGGCGGAUCCUUUCCAUUCCCCAACGCCCCCUGCACCUUGCCCUCACCUGCAUCCAUGUUCCCCGCGCCACAUCACCUGCCCUCCCUUCUAGGGGCCGAUCUGAGGAAGCCCUUUUACCCCCAGCUCGGCUCGUCCCUGCCGCCCCUAAAGACGGACUCCAACUCCACAAGCAGUCGGCCCUCCUUCUCCAUCGACAACAUCAUAGGAGCGGCCAACUCCAGCGGCUCUUCCUACGGCGCACAGAGCAGCAGCCAGGCUCAGAUCCUGGCCAUGCUCACCCCGGCACUGGCCUCCGCUUCCAGCCACCUGAACCUAUCCCAGGAGGGCCUAUUCCAAGCGACUCCACAGAGUCAGACUUUUGCCACCAAAAACUCCAACUUGAACACUUGCCCUUUCUAAAGACUGAAACAAAAAAAAAAAAAAAAAAGUGAAUAAGAAAUAAUAAUUGUGACGUCGUCCUACGUGAAGGUAGGAUGAACAUUUUUCCAGGAGAAAGAGGUAGUUUGUUUCCCGACUCUCUCGGUUUCCUAACAAAUGUGAGGGGAGACUUUAUUUAUGCGAUGUAAAUAUCUGUUCAUAACACUGAGAGGAAAGGAAAACUCACAGAAAGACCGUAAAAGAAAAAAACAAAACAAAACAAACACAACGCAGGCCAGCAAGUCCGGUCUGCGGCCUUCAUUUAUGGGCUGAUGGGACUUAAAAUAAACAUGAAGAAAAAAAA